GGCAGUCGGUGAAGAAAACUGGAAGGCAUGGCCCCCUCCACAGACAAAAAGCUCAACGGGCUGGAUAACCCAAGCUUCAUGAGUGAAGAUGGGAGCCACCACUGUGCCUCACUGGAUCGUGCUGCCCAGGGCCCAAAGGAAGGCAAGAGCAAGGGGCAGAGCAACAGGCUGGCCUACACUGUCACUGACAUACCCCCCUGGUACCUGUGCAUCUUGCUGGGUAUUCAGCAUUUCCUAACAGCCAUGGGAGGUCUGGUAGCCGUCCCACUGAUCCUCUCCAAAGAGCUCUGUCUUCAGCAUGACCUCCUCACCCAGAGCCACUUGAUAAGCACCAUCUUCUUUGUCUCAGGAAUUUGCACCCUGCUUCAAGUCCUCUUUGGAGUCAGGCUGCCUAUUAUUCAAGGAGGAACUUUUUCCUUCUUGACCCCCACCCUGGCCAUGCUGUCUCUCCCCAAGUGGAAGUGCCCUGCCUGGACAGAGAAUGCCACGCUGGUGAAUGCUUCUUCACCUGAGUUCAUUGAAGUCUGGCAGACACGGAUGCGAGAGGUGCAAGGAGCUAUCAUUGUGGCUUCUUGCUUUCAAAUCUUUGUUGGAUUUUCUGGCCUUGUCGGAUUUCUGAUGAGAUUCAUUGGCCCCCUGACAAUAGCCCCCACCAUCACCUUAGUUGCUCUGCCUCUCUUCGACUCGGCUGGGGAUAAAGCUGGACAGCACUGGGGCAUAGCAUUCAUGACUGUUUUUUUCAUAGUUCUGUUCUCUCAGUACCUGAAGAAUGUCCCUGUGCCACUGCCAUCAUAUCAGAGAGGCAAGAAGUGCCACUUCUCCCCCAUCUACAUCUUCCAGAUCUUCCCGGUGCUGCUGGGGCUGUCCCUGAGCUGGCUGCUCUGCUACGUGUUGACGGUGACUGACGUCCUCCCCACGGACCCCACUGCUUACGGCCACCUGGCACGGACAGACACCUGCGGGGACGUCUUAUCUCAGGCUCCCUGGUUUCGGCUCCCUUACCCAGGACAGUGGGGAACGCCAACAGUCAGCUUGGCUGGGAUAUUCGGCAUCCUUGCCGGGGUGAUCUCCUCCAUGCUGGAGUCCAUGGGGGAUUACUAUGCCUGUGCCCGCCUGUCUGGUGCCCCACCACCACCGAAGCAUGCCAUCAACCGUGGGAUCGGUGUGGAAGGCAUUGGCUGCCUCCUGGCUGGGGCCUGGGGAACAGGAAACGGCACCACGUCCUACAGUGAGAACGUGGGGGCCCUGGGCAUCACCAAGGUAGGGAGUCGCAUGGUGAUCAUUGCUGGUGCCUGUGCCAUGCUCCUGAGUGGCGUCUUUGGGAAAGCGGGGGCAAUGCUUGCCAGCAUACCCACUCCUGUCAUUGGAGGCCUGUUCCUCGUGAUGUUUGGCAUUAUCACCGCAGUGGGGAUUUCCAAUUUGCAGUACACGGAUAUGAACUCCUCCAGAAACAUCUUUAUAUUUGGAUUCUCUGUGUUUGCUGGACUCACAGUUCCUAACUGGGCAAACAAAAAUCAUAUGCUGCUAGAAACAGAAAUCAUCCAGCUGGACCAGGUGAUCCAGGUGCUUCUCACCACUGGCAUGUUUGUGGGUGGGCUCUUGGGGUUUAUCCUCGAUAACACCAUUCCAGGAACACAGGAGGAGCGGGGUCUCCUGGCAUGGAAGCACAGCCACAAGGGAGAGGUGGACAACUCCCAGCUCAUUUCCAAGGUCUAUGAUCUUCCAUUUGGCAUAGGCACAAAAUACUGUGCUGUCUCUUGGUUUCGGUAUCUCCCUGCUUGCCCCCAAAAACUACCUAGUGGCAAGAAAAUGGAUGAACUGAAGGCUGCUGGACAAGAAAGCAGUGUUAAAGCAAGCUUAGAAAGAGACUCUGAGAUAGGUGCUGAUACAAGGAUAUAAGCACCAGGCCUGAAGAUAAACUCUUCUCUCAAGCAGAGGUAUGAAAAGCACGUCUGCAGCCCCCAUCAUUUGAACUGGAGCAAGAGAAUGACAAUGCCUUUCUUUUCUUAACUGUCUCCAGGCACUGGAGACCUUGAGGGAAUCAUUUUUCUUCUCCCUGCUCCUGCCUGCCCACCUCUAGGAAGGACGCAGUACUGCUUUGGGAAAUGCCUAGGAAGGAUGUUCAGUUUCCUUCCUUGCACUGAGCCUCGGGAACCCUGAGGAACAGUUGUUAGGCUGAAGCAGAACUCUUCCUUUCCCCUGUUCUGACUGCCCUUGGGGCCACAGGAGAAGGCAUCUCUACCAUGCUUAUGCAUCCUUUGGGCUGAGGUUUAUCCCCUCCACCUUAAUCAUCUGUAAUGGCAACGUUCACCUCUCAGCUUGUGGUUUACACCUUUUCCUGGCCAAAGGAAAGAAGUGGGCACCUGUAGGCCAUGACUCCUCUCUCUCCUGUGAUGCUUUAAAGUCAAAUGAAUGAUGUUGGAAAAGCAGCAUCUAAGGUUAAUGGGAUGAAUUGUCUUCUGAAGUUGCCUCUCCUUACCUACACUGCAGAGGGAUCUACAGACUCCACUUAGGUUACUGAUCUGUUAGAAACAACCAGCUUUACUGAAAGAAAUUCAGCUGGGAUGCUGGGAGCCAGCUUCCCCAGGGUACCAAAUUGCACAGAGAUGAAGGAAUCUUUAUCAGAGAUAAAGGACAAAACUUCUGCUUGUAGUGUGACAUACGUCUGCUACUGCUAAGUUCUGUGUGUCCCCACUGUCCUUGACUUGGCUUGGUGAUUGUGUAGUGACAGCCACUUCUCUAGAAAACAGCUUGCAGACUCUUGCUGUUUUCUACUCUCAGCACAAACAGCCUUAACCUGUUAAUAAUGUGACUGCACGUGGUGCUGGCUGCUGCUGACAUGUAAUAAUAUUGCUAUAGCAUUAAGCUGUAAUUUCCUGCACUGAGAUUUAUACUUAAAUAUAUUUUGGGAAAAAUAAA